AUGGCCGCCGCCUUCGAUACAAAUGUGGAUUAUAGCGAAACACGGGCGGCAGAGAUCAAUGCUGUCGGGUGGGUUUUUACGGGCAUUGCAAUUGCAGCGGUAUUCUUGAAGCUAUUCGCCCGUAUGGAGAGCAAACGGGCUGGGUGGGAUGACUUUUUCAUUUUCUUCUCUUUGGUAACACUGAGUAUCAUUGCCACAUCUUUUGUCUCGUAUUCGGUCACCCUCGGUCUAGGUCGACACACUGCAGCAGUCGUUGCUGAGCAUGGCAUGGAACGAUACGUACAAACAGCUUACUGGCAGAUCUUAGGAUUCCCUUUCAAUAUUGGUAUAUUUUUUCCAAAUAUCUCCAUCGCCAUCCUAAUCGUUCACCUCCUCGAUCCCAACCCGCUUCGCACACGACUCCUUUACGCCAUGACCGUCUUCCAAGUUAUAUUCGCUAUGAUAUCCGUGUUUAUCGUCUUUUUUCAGUGCAAGCCGACGGCGAAGUUGUGGAACCAUUCCCUCGAGGGCACAUGUUGGAGCUCCGAUAUUUUCGAUGACUUCUCCUAUUGGGUUAGCGCAUAUACGACAAUGACUGAUUUUGUUUUGGCCAUUGUACCAAUCAACGCAUUUUGGAAGCUACAAAUGCCGACUUCAACCAAAGUCGGGGUCUGCGUUAUGAUGGGGUUGACAAUGCUUUCAGCGAUUGUCACUAUCAUCAAAGCAACAUAUUUGCACCUAUUCACGGACCACAUCGACCCUCUUUUUAAUGUGGUACCAUUGGUUCUCUGGGGCCUUAUUGAGCAAAACGUUGUCAUUAUCGCCGCGUGCGUCCCAACACUCCGUCCGUUCUUUCGCAGGACAUUUAAAUCCUCCAAGAGUUCCUCCGGCGUGACUACUUCGCGAAACCGUUCAGGUUCCGCCUUCAAGCUUUCAUCUAACCCUUCAUAUCCAUCUAAUCCCUUUAGAACGGAUAUACCUCUGACGAGCACAAAAAAUGAAAUCUAUGGGGAUGAAGAAAGUAAUAGCAGCCGGCAGGGUAUAUGGCGUACGAGGGAGGUAACGGUGGAAUGA